AGUGUUGUGUGUGUUGCUUCCGGCGCGGCGUUGAGCUUGCCGUGAGUUAGCUGGUGUGCAGGCAGAGGGUCAGGCUUCUGCUGGAUUCAGGGAACAAAAAAUGGACAGUCAAGGGAGAAAGGUCGUGGUUUGUGACAAUGGAACCGGGUUUGUCAAGUGUGGCUAUGCAGGCUCCAACUUCCCCGAACACAUUUUCCCAGCGCUGGUUGGCCGGCCAAUCAUCCGCUCCACAGCUAAAGUUGGCAACAUUGAAAUUAAGGACCUGAUGGUGGGGGAUGAGGCCAGCGAGCUGCGCUCCAUGUUGGAGGUGAACUACCCGAUGGAGAACGGCAUUGUCAGGAACUGGGAUGACAUGAAGCACCUGUGGGACUACACCUUCGGCCCAGAGAAACUCAACAUCAACUCCCGUGACUGCAAGAUCCUACUGACUGAGCCGCCCAUGAACCCCACCAAGAACAGAGAAAAGAUUAUAGAGGUGAUGUUUGAAACCUACCAGUUCACAGGAGUUUAUAUCGCCAUCCAGGCCGUCCUCACUCUCUAUGCUCAAGGACUGCUGACUGGAGUGGUGGUUGACUCUGGUGAUGGCGUCACUCACAUCUGUCCAGUGUACGAGGGAUUCUCCCUGCCCCACCUGACCCGACGCCUUGACAUCGCCGGGAGAGACAUAACACGCUACCUCAUCAAGCUGCUUCUGCUGCGAGGUUAUGCUUUCAACCACUCGGCGGACUUUGAGACGGUGAGGAUGAUGAAGGAGAAGCUUUGCUACGUCGGUUAUAACAUCGAACAGGAGCAGAAGCUGGCACUGGAGACAACAGUGCUGGUCGAGUCGUACACGCUCCCGGACGGCAGGGUGAUCAAGGUGGGAGGUGAGAGGUUUGAAGCUCCCGAGGCUCUGUUUCAACCUCACCUCAUCAACGUGGAGGGGGUGGGCGUGGCCGAGCUGCUCUUCAACACCAUCCAGGCUGCAGAUAUUGACACCAGGUCUGAGUUCUACAAGCACAUCGUCCUGUCGGGAGGCUCCACCAUGUAUCCCGGCCUGCCUUCACGCCUGGAGCGGGAACUGAAGCAGCUGUACCUGGAACGAGUGCUGAAGGGAGACGUCGACAAGCUAUCGAAAUUCAAGAUCAGGAUAGAGGACCCCCCUCGGCGUAAACACAUGGUGUUCCUGGGCGGAGCCGUGCUGGCUGACAUCAUGAAGGACAAGGACAACUUCUGGAUGACGCGGGAGGAGUACCAGGAGAAAGGGACGCGAGUGCUGGAGAAGCUCGGAGUCACCGUCAGAUAAAACACAAACAAACAAAAAAACAUUUUCCACUCCCCCCACCCCACUGUUCCUCCAUCUACCCCUGUCAGCUGAUAUCCAUACAUCGCUUAUCUUGAUGUGUCUGGAUGGACACACUGUGUCUUCGAUUCACACUCGUUUUGUAAAGCAAAGUGGGGAAAGAUGGAAGGGAGAGAGUGGGAGGGAGGGAAAGAGGAAUGAAGGAUGUGGAGUUUCGGGGUAAAUAUUUUCAUGGCGAGGGGCAGGGAAUUACUAGUUCAAUAUUUGCUCACGAUGCAAAAAAAAUAUUCAGAAUUUGGUUUUGAGAAGCAAAAUAUCCAUUUAAAGGAACGGUACAACAUUUUGGAAAAUGUGCUUCUUUGCUUUCUUGGUGAGGACAGACACUCUUAAUAUCUGCCCAGUCACUAUAAAGCUGGAGCCAGGAGCUGCUUAGCUUAGCUUAGCAUAAAGACUGGAAGCAGGGGGGAAGCCUGCUUCUGCCCACAGGUGACAAAAUUUGCCUACCAGCUCACAGGGCGAGCUGCAAGUUCUGAUAUAGAACAUGCUAAUCAGUGAGUUUUAAAAGGUGCUUGAAGGUGGAUUUUGUUUCCCCGUUGUUUCCAGUCUUUACGCUAAGCGAACUGGCUCCUGUGGCUUUAUAUUUACUGAACAGACAUGAGGGUGGUAACAAUUUGAAUCAUCUAAAUCUCUGCAAGAAAGCAAAAAUAAGUCAAUUUCCAUAAUGUCAAACUGUUUCUUUUAUAGAUUAAAACAUAAUUGAUUAAAAAUGCAGGCUGUUCUUUCUGAGACCAGCUUACUCUGAUAAAGGUCAGAAUGAGCUCCUGGCUGUUUUCAAGUUGAAGAUGAUGAUGAUUGUUAUUAUCAUCAUUAUUAUUAUUAAUAUUCGUGAUGCAUUCGAGUUCCUUUCCAAAACGAGACCUCUGCCAUGUGAAAAAUGUGUCACCUAAUCUGUCAAAACAGAUGCCGGCAUUAAAAAUAAUGCUCACAGUGUGGAGCAUUACAGAGAUUAGAUAUCUGAACAAAUAGAUCAUUACAUACUGUGUCUUUUUAAAAUACUGAUCAUCAAAUAACACCCUCCCCUCACAUUUCCUGUUUAAUAUUUUGGAUUGACUCUCUGUACUGUAGGUGCAGCAGGGAAGGCAGCCAUUUUUUUUUUUUAAACUCAGCACCUCUUUGUGUCUUUCUCUUAGUCGGGACAUUUGCUUGCUUCUUGAGCAGUUCGUAUCCUCCACAAGGGGUAUGAUUUAAAUAUGAAGAUGUGAGAUGAAUUCAGGGGGAAUAAUCUGAAGGAAAGUCUUCUUCCUAAAUCACAGUGUUGGAAGGUUUGAUUUGUGGGGGUGAGCGGGGUUUUGGAGUAGGAAACAGGUUAAUGGGUUUAAUAACCACCAACAAAUCAACAAUAUCAGAUGACACAGGAUUUAUGAGAGAGCUGUUUCCAUUCCUUAACGAUUACAAAGUCAUUCCUUAGUCUUGAUCCAGGACUGUUACAUGAAUGUCCUGCAUUACUACCUCCAGACGUUCGGACAUUUCAGUCUCUAAUUUGUUUCAGGAAGAAUAAAUUUAAAGUAUGAACUCACCAGAUGUAAGGUGGGAUUUUUAUUGACCUAUCAGAGGUUGAAAAAUGGCGUUAGAUCGGCUGUAAAGUAACAAAAAAACUCAAUGACUGAAAUCUCUUGGAGAUACAGGACUGUGAUGUAAUGUGAGAGUCCUGGAUAACGGCUGGACACCGUGCUUUCAAUUCCACUGAGGCUCCAUCAGCUUCUUUUUUUUUUUUUAACACUUGUGUUUUUUUUUCUCUUUAUGUUUCUAAACAUUAAUGUGCUUUGUGUUUCAGAGACCAGGCUUUGCCUCUUCCUCUGAGGGACUGUUAUCCUUCUGAUUGUACAGCUGUUUGUUGACCUGUAUCAUUCCCCCGGGUUCAAAUGAGGGUCAAAGAGACACUUUCUGCCCAUUAACAGCUGACCUGACUUCAGUCAGUUCAAAUUGAUUGGCUGUUCCUGGGUCAGAUGUUAGGGGCAAAAUGAAACAUAUCCUGUUUUAAGAGGAAAUCUCCAAUAGGAAGUAAUUCCAUGUCUUGGUCAAGAAGGAGAAAAGGAGGUGUGGAUAGUCGAGUCAAUGAUGAUGAUGCAACCAUUAAUGAUCUCAUUGGUUGAGAUGUUUUGAGUUACAUUAGGACUGUUGGUUCUGAAAUGAACCUCAGCUUCAGUUUCUUUGGAGGAGGCACCAGCAAGAGUUGUUUCAUCGUUUUGUUGUUGCAAUCAAGAUCCAGUUGACCCGCCCUCUUUUCGCUCUGUGCUCCAAUCACAGCUGAGCGAGCCUCAGUCGCAACAACUUCCUCCUUUUCAUGUAUGUGCUAUGCUAGCACAUCUAUGUUGAAAAGAUAACCACAUUUUAAAGAUGGUUAAAGUGUCACUUUUACCUUUUAACUAACUUCAACAUUUGGUUGUCUUUUCAACAUAGACAUGCGAGCACAUAGCAUAUAUAAAUAAGUAAAGAUGGAAGUUGACCGAGGUUUGCUCAGCUGUGAUUGUAGCACAGAGCAAAAAGGGGCGGGCUUAUGAUAGUAACUGAUGUAAAGUUGAUCCUCUGUUCAACCCGUGAGAUAAUUUUUGGGUGUUUCUGCCUCCCAAAACAUUAAAUGUACACACUGGUGGUGAUAUUCAGAGAACUAAGAGUGCAGUCAUUGGGUCUUAUGGUUUUCUUUCUCAUCAUGACAUGAUCACUUCUCCCUCCUCCUCCUCUCCUUCUCGGUCUUGGCUGUACUGAAGAUUAAUUUGUGGGUUUGGGGUUACCAGAGAAGGUGAUUUGUGUGGGUUACUGAAAUAUUAUUUGUAAUAUUAAUAAGAAUCUGGUGUCAGGAAAUGGAGACCACGUAAAAAGCUGGUAUUUGUGGUUUUCCAUCUCGGUUCUUAUGUGUAUAUUGGAGACACUUGGCUCACAUAUAUAAAUAUAAAUGUAUAAUUUCCUCUUGACAACAUGGUCAUCAAGUGCCAAGUACAGUUAUUCUUGCUGGAUAUUAUUUUUGGUCGUCCUUUUUAUGUUUUGUUUAUAGCAUAACUGCCAACCGCUGAUUUAAAUAAAGCAAAGUGAUUUAUAGA